UAAUAUUGUUGGAAUAUGACAGACAAAUGAAGAGUUCAACGCUGUGAUGAAGGGAUACAAGCGAGGAACUCACACUGAGCCCCACACCGUCUACCAAGUCAAGGAAGAUGCUCCCAGGGCAGCUACUGUUGACUGGCGUACCGAAGGUGCUGUCACCGGUGUCAAGGACCAGGGGCAGUGUGGUUCAUGCUGGUCCUUCUCUGCUACUGGUUCCCUGGAAGCUCAGCAUUACUUCGCCACUGGUAAACUGAUCAGCCUGUCAGAGCAGCAACUGGUUGACUGUGCUGGUGGACUGUACUUCAACCAGGGUUGUAACGGUGGUUGGGUCAACCAAGCCUUUAAGUACAUUAGGGACCAUGGAUCUGAGAAAGAGACAGCUUACCCCUACACAGCAGUGGAUGGAACCUGCAAAUUCAAUUCCAACAAUGUUGCAGCAACAUUGAGCAGCUAUGUGACCAUACCAGAGGGAAGUGAGACUUCUCUGGAAUCAGCAGCUGCUAGUGAAGGACCCAUCUCUGUGGCCAUCGAUGCCUCCCGCCUCUCCUUCCAGCUCUACGGCAGUGGUGUGUACUACGAGUCAAAAUGUUCAUCAACUGAACUUGACCACGCUGUACUGGUAGUUGGUUAUGGUACUGAAAGCGGAGAUGAGUACUUCCUUGUCAAGAACUCCUGGGGCACAAGCUGGGGUGAGAGUGGUUACAUUAAGAUGUCUCGUAAUAGGAGCAACAACUGUGGUAUUGCCACUGAUGCUUCAUACCCAGUGGUCUAAUUACCAGAGCUUCUACCUACAGUACCAGUGUAGCCACCUAACUAGUGGUGUAGACAUCACAGAUCUUCUAACUACUCUCUUAUAUAUCAUACAACUUCCAACUGCUUGUUUAAAUCAACUGAAGACUGUAUAUUUUCAUCACUUUCAUCAGGCAGCAUUAAUUAACACUGUGUUAACAACAUAUUUUAAUAUUUUACUUGAGAAAGUUCAUAAACGAACAACAUCUCAAAAUAAAUAUUAUUAAAGACAAA